CCAGCUUCCAAUAGAGAUAAAGUGCGAAGAAGUAAAAAAAAAGAAAAUCGAUUAUUGGAAUAAUGCGUAAAUAGAGCAGCGACGCCAAUUGAAGCAACUGUAUUGAUAUUGAAUAAGUUAAAAUGCCGUUAUUUGAUGGUCUAGGCAGUGGAGCAGAAAAGACCGCCAUCGUCAUCGAUCUGGGAGCGGCGUACACAAAAUGUGGCUUUGCAGGGGAAACGGGGCCCAGGUUCAUCAUUCCGAGCGAGAUCCGCAAGCCGGGACAGCAGCAGGCAACCAAAGUGGUUCAAUACAACAUCAACACAGAAGAGCUCUAUGUCAUCCUAAAAGAGUUUAUCCACACACUGUACUUCAGACAUCUACUGGUGAACCCUCGAGACAGAAGGGUGGUCAUUAUCGAGUCCAUCCUCUGCCCGUCUCACUUCAGGGAGACGCUCACCAAGGUUUUCUUCAAACAGUUUGAGGUGCCAUCCGUGCUGUUUGCACCAAGUCACCUCAUGGCCACCAUGACAUUAGGCAUCAACUCGGCCCUGGUGAUGGACUGCGGCUACACUGAGACCCUUGUGGUGCCUGUGUAUGAGUGCACUCUGAUCCUGCCUGCUUGGGAGGCUUUACCUUUGGGUGGAAAAGCCAUCCACACGGAAUUAGAUGGACUUCUUGUGGAGCAGUGCACCGUGGAUACGGACACCACCACCGGGCAAAGUGUGCCCUCCAUCAUUGGCACCAUUCCGGAAGAAACCGUGGAAGACAUUAAAGUCAGGACGUGUUUUGUCAGCGACCUGCAGAGAGGCCUCAAGCUCCAGGCUGCCAAGUUCAACAUGGAAAGUUCGGCUGAGCGUCCGGAGCCGCCUCCAGAUGUCGACUAUCCACUGGAUGGCGAGAAAAUCCUGCAUAUUAAAGGAUCCAUCAGGGACUCACUGAUGGAGAUUAUGUUUGAGCAGGACAAUGAAGAGAAGAGCGUAGCUUCACUCAUACUUGACGCCCUGGUCAAGUGCCCAAUCGACACACGCAAAGUGCUGUCGGAGAACCUGGUGGUGAUCGGCGGCACGGCCAUGCUGCCGGGCUUCCAGCACCGGCUGCUAGCUGAGAUUCGCCUGCUGGUGGAGAAGCCCAAGUACCGUGACGUGCUGGCCAGCAAGAACUUCCGCAUGCACUCGCCGCCUGCCAAGCCCAACUGCACCGCCUGGCUCGGAGGUGCCAUCUUUGGUGCACUACAGGACAUUCUGGGCAGCAGGUCGGUGUCCCGUGAUUACUACAACCAGACGGGCCGCAUCCCAGACUGGUGCUACCUGAGCACGCCGCUGCCCGAGUCGCUGUACGAAGCCGGCAAGACGCCGCCUCCGCUCAUGAAGCGAGCCUUCUCCACAGAGAAGUAGAACACGUACUGCGUUGCUAAAACUUUAUCAUCUUGUGUAGAACAGCAGCCUCACAAUGCUCUUGUGUUAGCGUGCACGUCCGCUUCAUAUUUGAGUUCCCGCAAAAUGACAGUGUUCAAACAAGCAUGAGGUUGAAAGAAGGUUAUGUUUAUUUAUUUCUGGCACGGGGGCUGUCUAUCAAUGUGGUCAGAUAAAGGCCCUCCUGCACAUGCAUGCAUUUUUGUUCUCAGCCAUUCCAGCUAACUUCCAGGGCUAAAAUUACAGGGGAGGGCAAAAUAUGGCCCGUGAACCAUAUUGUCUUAAAGUUGGCUAUUUUAUUGUCCCUUGAAUCACAAAUGGUUGCCCACCCCUUGAACUAGCCCAGUAUUGAAUUGAGCUUAUUAUGGUAGGAAAAUGUUAGUGCCACCAAAUCAAACUCCAAUAAAUCAGCGCUUUCAACCUUU